AUGGAUACUCCGGUACCAUUAAACUCCAGAUAUAGCUAUCAUGCAAUUUUUAGCGAUAUCUGUAAAACGCGGUUCAACCACUUAGCGACAAGGCUGUUGUUGACACUUGCAGUGGUUUUUGGGCUUAUACUAGCACUAGUUAGUGGCUCAAACCAGACCAAUUUGAUUCAUAAGUUAUUUUUGUGGCCGGUGAAAUGCAUGGUAUGCUACUUGGGGAUGCUGCUAGUCGUGGUGACCCGUAAAAACUACCUGCACGUUGAUUUCCCCGGAUACUCCAGCAUUAUUACCCAAGUUUACGGGCAAUUAUUUUCUGUGAAACUGUUGGUAUACUUUUUCAUUUACAGUGCGAGUAGUGCUUGUUUUAAUGGUGCUGCCGGAAGUGCCAUUUUGGGACACCUUAGUUCAAGGAAAAACAUGUUCGCUUAUCGUUUUGCUAUAUGGAUACUGAUGCCAGCUUUAUAUGCGUUGCAGCAUGUAAUAUUUGAUCUGGACAAGCUUUCGUUUCAAUAUGGUGCGCAGCACCAGCACCCUCAGCGGUUCAUAAGCUCAAAAAUCAAAAACUCCCUGACAAAGUCCUUCAUGUUAACUUUAGCUCUGGCCAUCAUUUUUCCAAUUUGCACAUUUCACCUCGCUCCUAGCACUGGUUACUUGAGCUGGAUGUCAUUUUUCCACAUCCAGCUAUCUGCUCUUCUGACUUUCGCCCUUUGGGACCUCGUCAACUUGUCGUUUAAUGCCUACUUGUCCAUGGGUUGUUUACACAAGGGCAAACCCAUUUCCUCUCUCUCUUCGACUCCCAUGGAGACCUUACUCACUGGCCUUUCUUCCAAAAGGUCGUUUACCAAACUCACGGCCUUUCAAGAGCUCUCAUACCGCGCUACAUCGCCAGACAUAGAAGCUAGGCUACCCAUAUACCAUACUCGUUAUAAAAAUGUGUAUGUGUGGCCAAGCGUUCUUAAGGAGUGCAUAACUACCCUCAACUCCACCAAUUCUGCCGUUUCGAUAUUCAUGAAAAGUGUGGAGUCAAAGCAAGAACUCUACACGAAAAAACCUUCGGUAGAUUCAGACUAUUUAGAGGAUGGAACACAACAGAAUGAUCUAUUUGGGAACGAUUAUGUUAUUACAGCCAACACACAGUCGAGAAUACCAGGGACCCCGCAAACGCAAGAUUCGCAGCUGACUCACAGGAUAAAGGUACAGAACAAUAACGUCUUUGCGAAAAACCACAAUCUUCAAUUCUCGAGUCCAUUUCAGUUUUCAAAUGCGGCGAAUAACCGUAUUUUAACGCAUCAAACCACUAUUACCAACAUUAUUUAUGAUUGCGUAAAGCAGGCGAAAGAUUUUUUUAUCGCAUUUUUCUUUCCCAUCCAGGGCACAGAUGCUACUGCUCCACUGUCAUCGUUCGAAAUCUGGAGAAUUUCUAAAAAGCUGCAGGCUGAAAGAUUAUCACCAUUAGCAGUUUGUCAUGCCGAAUGCACAGUGUCUUUAAUGGCAUUGUUAGUAAAAGCGCUACAGGAAGAUCCCAAGGGAGCUGUCGUUUCUUCUGUUGGAGAGAUUCUCAAAAUUCUAGAGAGAUCUGUAGCAUCACUUGGAGCAUUCGCGGAAUGGAAUACGUCCUCAGCUAGCAAGGACUCUUCAAUUUUAGACGUCGUAACCAUUCUUUACGAUCUAUCGAUCAAUGCAUUUUUAGAGAUUGUCCUCAAGUACAAUGAUUUGCUGAGUGACGUCUACCUGGCAGACGACGUUGUGAAGUUGAGCAAAUGGAUGUUGGAAAUGUGUAAUGAACAAGCAUAA